AUGCCUGGUGUCGAUGCUAUUCCAAACGGUAACCGGUGGUCUAGUUUUGAGAAUGCUACCGCUCCUGCUAACUGUGACAGCAAGUCAUCUAUGUCAGCAAUGGGCGUUGGUCAACUUCCAAUAUGGGAUUUACCGUUAUCUAUUGAUCUCCACAAAUCCUCAGUGUUCCAUUUGACUUCACCACUGAAACGAUUGAAACGUGGUAUUGCUUGUGACUUUGUUAAGUGUGGCUUGGAUACAUUUCAGCUCUACAAGUGUGCGGGAGCCAAUGAUGGUACUCAUAAACCCGUUACACCACCUGCUCUCAACCACACCGAUUAUUACAACAGGAAGAGUUGGUAUUCUGUCAUUCUCCAAGCUGUUGUUGACCACAGGUACGCGUUUCGAGAUAUCAAUGUUGGCUGGCCUGGAAGCGUACACGAUGCAAGAGUCUUGGAUAAUUCUUCUCUAUUCAAAGAAGCAGAAAACGGGGUAAUAUUACGAGGUCAGGAAAGAGUAAUUGAAGGAUACGCCAUACCGGUAUUCCUCAUUGGCAAUUCUGCAUAUCCACUGUUAAAGUGGCUGCUUAAGCCGUUUCCUCAAAAUAAACACCUGAGUGAACGAAGAAAAAUUUCAAUUAUCAACUCUCAAGAGCCAGGAUAG